UAUGAUAAGUUAAAUGAUAUAGCACUUCUUGUCUUGUCGCUAGUGUCUUGCGCUAGCCAGACAGUGUACAGUAAAGAAUAAUCAUCACAUUACUUUAAUGUGAGAUUUUCGCCCGGCGUGAACACAGACAUUUGGCGUUCAUUUUAAGCCACACACCCCUCCCCCGGUCUAUACAGGACUGUCGAGUUUAAAAACUAGAACUCUGUUCUAGAUCUUAACUUGUGGAUAUGUUUUACAACUAAAGUGUAGUAAGAAUCGUUCAACAGCCAACACUGUGACAUCGGAGUGAGAAGUAUAGAAAUCUGUGAAAACAGUAAACAGCAUUUUGUCGGAUAAGAUACUGUUAGCGGGAACUCGAGAUUCUGUGUAUCGUUACACGUGUAGGUCUCGAAGACUAACGAACUAUUACGAACAUUAAAGAAAAUCCAAGAAGAAAACAGGACGAUGUCCGUGGAACCGUACGUGUUAACGGACGCCGAAGGGGCCACAUGCGAAGGAAUGAUCAAACUUGACGGCUACCCGAUGCCCUCGUUCAUGCAAGAUUGCACCACGCGAGGGAAGAAUUUUUUCGGCAUGCGGAACUGGAAAAUUCGCGAUGAUGAUGUUGUCUUGGCAACCCUAGCAAAAGCAGGUACCCAUUGGGUUGACCCAAUUUUGUACAUGCUUCUGACAAGAAAAACUGAACUGCCAGCCGAGAGAAAAUUUACGUUAUUCGAUGCUACAAACGAGGAAAACUUCGAGAAAAUGCCUUCUCCUAGGAUUUUGGCCACACACUUACCUCCGCAAUACCUCCCGCAACAACUGGACGAAAAGAAGACCAAGAUUGUGUUAGUGUUGCGUAACCUCAAGGACGCUGCGGUUUCCUUGUACUACCACACACUGAACAUGCACUUGUUUAAUUAUUCAGGGAAAUUUAAGAACUUUCUUCCAUUGUUCAUCGAAGGAAAACAGCAAUACGGUGACGUGUUUUCCUAUAUAAGAGAAUUCGAAGAAAAGAUGAAUUCAGAACCGGACAGGAUUUGCUUAGUUAUGUACGAAGAUUUAAAAAUGGACGGGGUUAGAGAGAUUCAGCGUAUCGCGAGGUUUCUUGGCGUGGAUGCAAAUGAAGAGUUUUGUCGGGCAGUCCACGAAAGCUGCUCUUUCCACAACAUGGCGGAGAAAAGUAUGCCUGAACAAGAACGCGCAAGAUUCUUCAAACCUGGUGGCUCAUUCUAUAGAAAAGGAAUUAUCGGAGACUGGAAGACUCACUUUACGGUCGCUGAAAGCGAGAUGUUCGACGAGAUUUUCGCACAGCGGAUGGCCGGAAGUAAACUGAAGUUCACGUACUCUGCACCCGAGUAACUUGAGAGCUAGAAUGAACAUGCUUUCCAGUUGGAACUAAAGUUCUUGAGUAAUUGCAACGAAGUCAUAUUUGGUGAAAUUAUUGGCGAGACUGUAUGUUGUUUUGCAACAUAAUUGUACGCAAUUCAUAAUAUGUAUUGACUAUAGAUCUUUUUCGCUUUAUUCAAUUUAUUGCUACAUUUAGUGUGUAUUCAGACAUGCAGGAUGUAUAUAAUGAUUUUUCAAAGA